AGUUUGACGCAAACGAAUCCGCCAAGGUCCUGGAUAUGGGUAUCAUAUUCGAGCUGUUUCGAAAUGGUACAUCGGACGGUCUAGUCGUGGUUUGUGACCUCGAGGGGAUAACAUUUGCUCAUAUGCUAAGAAUUAACUUUUCGACACUUCGAAACUGGUUUACGUACCUACAGGAUGCAGUUCCCAUCCGUCUAAAAGCAAUCCACUUCCUUAAUGCAGUAGGUCUACUUGAUAGCAUGAUGGCUGUGAUAAAACCCAUCGUGAGAAACGAGCUGUUUAAUUCUUUGCACGUGCACGGUUCCGUAGAAACGGUCUUCCAAUACAUCCCCAAGGAGAACUUUCCCAGAGACUAUGGUGGACAACAACCGUCGCUCAAAGACCUUCAUGAGACCCAUACGCAAAAUUUGAUACAUUUCGCCGAUUACUUCGUAAAAGCAGAGGCGCACAUUACGGAUGAAACAAAGAGGGUUGCAAGGCCAUCCAAUGCUGACGGCGCUUUUGGCACAGAUGGUUCGUUUAAACGACUAGAGGUCGAUUAAUAUACUGAUAAUAAAAUUUUGAAAAUGAUACCUGAAAACCGACCGACGGCUAGCUCAUAAUUAUUAAU